CGACCAUCGACGCUCAUACACGCAUCCAUGUGAUGGAAGUCAGCAUCCGCUCACACGAGUUGGAAACAGGCCAAGCUUUCGCUCUUGCUGCCAGUAAUGUUAGCUAGUAGGGAUGCUAUAUUUCCGGGCAUGCAUACUUUUACUGAUCUUCGCAAGAGCACAAUGCACUGACACAGACACGGGCGAAAACGCGACGUCCAAGGAUGUAUUCAAGGGAAAGACUUUUGUGCACCGCACCAAACCCAUUCCCAGCGAGAAAAAGGACUCUGUAUUGGAAAGAAUGAAAAAACGACGACAAGAAGCUGCUUUAAAUAAGGACGGAACGGUCCAGAUUGGUACAAGGAUCAUUCAUGGCCGCCUUGCCAACAAAGGGGAAUUUCCUUACCAGGUUGCUGUCAUCGCGGAUGUAGAUGAAAUCUGCGGCGGUUCCUUGAUAUCUUUGCGCCACGUACUCACAGCUGCACACUGUGUCUACGGUAAACAUAAAUUUGAUCUAAUUCUUGGAUCUCUGGACCAAGAAACUGCGGACGCCGGAUCCACAACCAUCACCUCCACAAAGGCAGAAUAUCACAACUUGUACAACAAUGAAACCCUGGCAAAUGACAUCGCAAUAAUUUACCUGCCUAAGGCCGUGCGUGAAACUGAUUAUAUCAAAAGGAUAACGCUGCCAACAAGACAACAAUCCAGCAGGGUAGGGCAGCCGGGAGCCACAGCAACAAUUGCAGGCUGGGGCAGGACAUCUGAUGCCUCUAUGGACGUUAGCCAAAAACUGAAAACAGCAAACCUGAAUAUUUUACCCAAGAGCGAGUGUGAUAACGCUUAUGGAGUGGAGAACAUCUUGAGCUCAAAUGUGUGCGCCUUUGGAGAUAAUGGCGACAGCACUUGUCAGGGUGACAGUGGGGGUCCUCUCGUGGAAAAAGUUGGCAAUGAGCGCGUGCAAAUCGGUCUCGUUUCUUUCGGCGCAGGGGAGGGCUGCGAAAAGAGUUACCCCGAGGUUUACACCAGGGUUUCCAGUUACAUUUCUUGGAUUAAUCAAAGGACGGAAACUAGCUCCUCAGCCAGUAAGACGCCACCCAAGAACAAAAGGAAGCAAAAGCACGUCAACAAGAAGCAGAAUAAAAAGGCUAAACAAAAAUUAAUUAAACCCAAGAAAUUGAUAAUUGGCAAUAAUGCCUUUUUUUGAGUUGUAUCGAUUUUGCAAAGCAUUUUAAUAAAAUCCGUUUCCAAUUUGGCUAA